GGGUGUCUGGUACAUACAUUGUAACAUUGUACAUCGUUCGUAAUAAUAAUAAUAAUAAUAAUAGUUUACCCUCAGUGCGUUCUACUGGUGCUUGCCGUACCGUGCAGAAGACUUUACCUAUACCACGGCGAAAGUUUCGUGGCUUUAUUCAGCAGAAAACUACCCGCCCGACAUGACAACGGCUGACAAACGUGCUGGUACGCGUACCGCGGUACAACCGGCGUCGACGGCCGGAUCGUUGUCGGACGCGGGCUGCAGCGAACCCGAGGCGGCUGAAAUAAGCCGCAAGUACCAAACCGCUUUCCAGUCGUUCUCCAUCGAAUCUUUGAUCGGCGGCGGCGGCUGCGUCCGCGGCAGCGAGACGCCUCCGCCAACGGCUGACGCUACCAUAUCGCCACCGCCGUACUAUUUGGACGCGGCCGCGAUGCAACUGCAGCAACGGUCAACGGUGGAACCGUCUUCGAUGUUGAACUUUGAUUAUUUGAGCGUGUUGCGGUUGCAGUCGGCCGCCGCGGCCGCGGCCGCGGUCGGUAAAUCGUUCGCGCCGCAGUCGCUGUGGCCGUACUUGAGCGACGCGGUCACAUUUCCCGGAACGCCACCUCCCCCGCCCCUAUGUUAUCACGAUUACCGACGGUCAUUACUGCGCGAUGUCGGCAACCGGCCGUCCCCGCCGCCGGUUUUCGGAUGCGACGCCGCUACCGACGACGACGCGGACUCGGGUGACCCCGGCAAUCGUGACUUGACCAACGCCUGCCCGUCGGUCGUCGCCGAUGGAGGUCCGGAUAGCGGUGGAGGCUACGACGACGACUACGGCGGCGGUGGCGGAGGCGGUGGAAGAGACAAUGUUGAGGACAUCGACGAUGACGAGGACGACGAAGACGAUGUCGAUGACGACCCGCGGUUUGGGAAAUGCCUAGAUGAUACAGACAUUCUGCAAACAAGACAAAAUAUAACUGUGCAGUCUUCAAAUGAAAACAAAUCUCGCCGAAGAAGAACAGCAUUCACAAGUGGUCAGCUUUUAGAAUUGGAGCGAGAAUUCCAGGCUAAAAAAUACCUAAGCCUAACCGAAAGAUCCGAAAUAGCAAAUUCCUUAAAGCUUAGUGAAGUCCAGGUGAAGAUAUGGUUUCAAAAUCGGCGAGCAAAAUGGAAACGUGUCAAGGCCAGCCUGUUGUCCGGAAACGCGUGCGGCAACGAUGGCCAAAAGAACAACGCCAGCGGGAACGCGAUGCGGGGCCGAUCGAAAUGCCCAAAUGGUGUUGUCGGUGGCGGUGGAGCGGGAAAAAUCGUAGUGCCCAUACCGGUACACGUCAACCGGUUCGUGGUACGUAGCCGACACCAACAAUUGGAGAAAUGCGCUUCGGGUUUCGCGCAUCUCCGACGAGGCAGCGAUGCGGUCUUCAAAAUCAAAAGUCGGCUGCAAUUGUAUACAUCCGCCAUUCUGUAGUCUACAGGUCCGGACCGUGCAAAAGACACAGUGUAUAGAGCUGUUGUACACAAUAAUAUUGUACAAACAGCCAACUUUGGACAGAAAUGAAAGAAUAUAUAGUAAUAAUCUAAAUACAAAUCACGGUAAAAUAACAUACCUAUACGCCUAUACCUACCUAACCAAUAUUAUGUUUAGUAGUUGUCAAGUAAUAUUUGGGCAGCUCCAUUUUAGACAUUUUUAAAAUAGGAAAUUUACUCAGUGUCUUCUUAAAAUUUAGACUUACUAAUAUUAUACGUAAGUGCCACCUACCUUGCUAUUUCCAAUUUGUGUACAUAUUUUGUAAGAUUAAUAUUAAUAUAUUUUUAUCAUAGCCAAUAGGAAAUUUAUAAUUCUUACGAAUGGGUACACAUCAAAACCGUUUAGAUGUAUUUACUUUAUUUUAAUAAUUUAUUUUAUAAGUGAUUUUAAUAAUUAUUUAGGUAUACCUAAUUAUA